AUGCAGAAAAAGAUCCAUCUUUUUAACUGUGAUCAUCUCUAUGAACUCCGCGUCAUCGAGGAUUUACUGAACUCCUCCAAACCGAUGCUGCAUGACAAACUUGGUUUCGAUUUCACGGUGGAGCAUCACUACUUCUCCCUUAAUGAAAUCAAUGAAUUGAGUGAGAAAGUAAUUCCGUCACUAAAGAUGGAUUUUGCAGUUUUCGUCGUUCACGCUCAAGAGUCACGCGUGUCGAUAAACGAUGGCCGCGGUUAUACCAAGGUAUACAGAGCUUUAAUGAAAGCUACAGGUAAGAAUUCAAAACGCCACCAGUAAUUCGUCUUUAUAUUGCUACAAUUUUCAUUGAAUUACAAAUAUACAUUACAGAUCUUUCUGUUCAUGUGGACAAAAACGGAGCGUCAAUGGCGUUAACAGUAAGCCGUCAAACGACCGUCAAAUUUGAACAGAUAACCGUCACAAAAGUUUAUGUUUUUACCGUCAACAGUCAAAACGGUAUAACCUCAUCAAUUAUUUACUGCAACUCAGAAACAAUUCGAGUCAAUCGAACGAUAUAAGAUGCGAGGUUCCAUCGGUGAGGACCAAAUGAACGCAUUGGGAGUUUUAGGCUAUGGAUAGCUUUUUGCUGGCACCACUGAAAACGAUAAGGUUUCUUUUCACACAUAACAAUGGUGACCUCGGCACGAUUUCUGUAACGGAGCGAAGCUGGGCCGCGCCGAUCUCUAAGUAGAUUGAGAGUCACAUAUCGGAUAGGUGUUCAUACUAUACUGGAUAGCUUUUCGUGUCGCUACGACUCGGAAAAGCUAUACAAUAUAGCUGUGUGAAAAUAGCCUUAAUCUUCCUUUUAUUGCCCAGAGUAACAGAGCUGUGCGAGACUCUCCAUUAUUCUAGUUAUGACUGGUGAACUCAUUGUACUACCUGUAUUUUAUCGAGACCAAAUAUUUUGAAAAUAGUUUAUAUUAUUAUAGGUUUUAUAAUAAGCUGGCAAAAUAUAUCACAUAUUUUAAAUGUGAAAAACCGCAACGAACUCCAGGGACCGUGUACUUUGAUAUUUAAAGAAAUACAAAAAUUAUAAAUAUUCAGUUUAAAAUUCAUUAGAUGAAAUUUCCUUGAUAACCUUCGUCCGUCAAAAACCCCGCUACAAUUUAAACCAAUCGUCAAAAUCGCCAACAUUUAACCAUCAAAGCUAAACUCCCAUUGAGACCCUCAAAAAAGCAUUGGAAAUCAGUUUGUCAGUCACCGUUUAGUCUUACGCACUCAUGAACAGUUGGUAUAUUGUGACUGAAAUGUGCCACACUGAUUUGCAUUGCUAAACAAGAGCCCCUAUAACCAGCAAGAAUUAAGAAAUUACUCACUCGAUCCCCAUCCUACCAAGACUGAGUAUAUGCUGCUCAGUAUACGUGGGCUACUGACUGGGCCAAAACGAGCUAUUAAGAUGGGUGAUGAUUAUGUUAUCGAGGAGAUUGUUUCUACCUUAGGUGUGUAGAUAGACAAUGCUCUUAAAUGGGAUCUUCACGUAUCGGAACUAGCGAAGUCGUUUACGCGGAAGUUGAACUUACUUAUUAUUAAAUCACUGUACUUCCUGCCUAGAUAGGCGAGAACUAAUUUCUAUUUUAGGGUUAUUUUUCCCUCUGUUGCGUAUGGAAUGUUAGUUUGGGGCUCUUGUGGCGAAGUACUUUUCUCGAACCUAGAAUCUAUACUGUUAGAGCGGCAAAAAUAAGAUUUAAUUUAGAUUGGUGUACGUCAGGCAAGGAGGUUCUUGCCACAACAAAAUGGAAUACCUUAGAGUUUAUGUAUGAGAAACGAUUAUUAAUUUUAGCGCAUCAGGCUUAUUAUCAUCUUUUACCAUGUCCUAUGAACUGUCUUUUUGACAAGUAUAUAAGUAGCUACAAUCUCAGGAGGAAAAUGACCUUUAAGUUGCCUAGGCCUAAGACCGAUAUGGUGAAGAAAUCAUGCUAAUACAAGUCAAUUAUUCGGUGGAAUGCCCUGGAAAACCAAAUGAGAUCAAUUCAUUACAUUGACGCUUUUAAAAAGUCACAAGUGUGUUUUAAAGCCAGAUGUAUUAUAAUGAUGUGCUGUGUAUAGGAAUUUUUAAUGUUGUAAUUGUAAAUACGUAGAAUUCGUAUAUUAGUCUUAUUGUGCUUAGUAAAGAAGUUUAAUUUUGGUGUUUGUAUAUACGACCACAUCAGCUUUGCUGAAUUUUUAAUCGUAUUUAAAGGGACACAGUCAGCUGAUGCACAUGCGCAUUUCACACCAUUUCUUAGCUGGUUUGUCUGAUUUGCAUAUCACAAGACACGCGCGUGAAACAGAUAGUGAGAAGCGCAUCCGGAAUAUCGAAACAACCCUUGUGGAGUUGAACUACCUACAAGCCGAAAUCGUGAUUAUAGACCUUAAACCAUAGCAGAGCACUCAUUUUUUUUAUAUACUAUAGAGAAUUCACCGAUGGAUUUGUCCAGGGAAAGCCACUGACAUCGACGAAUACUUCAGAAUUCGAUCAUUAGGUGGAGGUGAGAAAUGACACGGAGUCUGCAUAAAUCAUUGUCGAAGGAAGCUUGAUUUUCCAAACAUAUGUUACCUUUUCCAUCGAUUUUCCAAAUAUAUAUAACGAUUAUUUGCUCGCCAAUGUUAUUGAUUCAUUUCUUUUGUUAUUUUGGUAAACGAAAGCGAUUUCUCCCGCCCGGCGCCUACGCGCUUCUCACCUCUUCUGUUCAUGUUCCUUUGGGUACUUUUUUUAACCAAAUAAGAUAAAAUAAUGUCACAGGAUGAGUUAACAUUUGCUCAAAAAGAGGUUUUCUGUAAAAGAUCGAGGAUUGAAGCGGAAUGCUAUGUAUCCGACGCGUACAUUUGAUUUCGGUUUGAGGUAAACGCUUUUCAAACUGGCAAAAGUAGUGUCCAGGUCUGCGCGGUCCCAUAGCUGACCGUGUCCCUUUAAAUAAAUGCUGUUACUGUCAGUGCUAACAGAACAACUCAACCUCGUCCCCAGGUUUUCUCGGUUAACAGUUCAAUAAUCUACAACUUUCGCUUCAAUUUGACGUCAUCGGUUCAAUAUGGCAAAAUUCUUCCAAAUUUGGUCAACCGUAGCUGGUUAUGAUAUGCGUGUGGUUUUAGCCAAUCAGAAACGGAGAAAUAUUUUAAAUGAAUAAUAAUACGCAGUAUUACACUUUAAAUGAAUUUCAUCGCUUUCUUUUGUUAACUCCUUACCAUUUGGAGCUAAUUGUUACGUAAUAUAUCAUGCAUGCGACAAAGUCACUGCGUUUCAUUACCAGAUGAAACACUGAGAAGAGAGUUGAAAAUACGGCGGGCAGCGGAAGAAUUUUUGGCGGACUUCGAGGAGUUUCAUCUGUGUCAAAUGCUCGAUAUUACUUCUCAAAAAAAAAACGAUUUUAGACGGAGAAAUUAAGGAUGCAAAACCGAGCAGUUUUUCAUCUGAUUACCAAACACUAAUUAAACACUUUAAAAUUUCCUUUGUAUUUUUAAUGAAUUAUUAAUGAGCUGAGAAAUAUUGUUUAUUCAUGUUAGUAAAAUCACUCUAAUUCGGCUAUUAUUACUGUACUGAUAACCUGAGUCCAGUUAUUUCGACUUGUAAUCAAUAGCUACUUCCUGCUGUCAUGAAUUCGGUGCGAAACAGAUGAUUCGUAUUUGAUUUCGAUUGAUUUGUUCUCAGUACACGUUCAUGGUUGCAGCCAUAAUGUCAUGACAACAGUAUUCAACGUUCGUUUUUAAAAUUCGGCUACUGUGACAUGCUACUUGAAUAUAACGGUGAUCAGUCUUCCCCAAAACAAGGUCCAUUCUCUAAUUAGUAUAUCUUCUUUUGGUAGGAGGCAAUGUUAUUAUUGUCAUUGGAGGAGAUGAUAACUACAAAAACGAAGAGGAGCAAGAGCGAUCAGUUAUCUCGCCCUGGGCCCGAAGAAUUGUCUGUGUACAGUUCAACGAAGAAUAUUUGGAUNGUCCAGUUAUUUCGACUUGUAAUCAAUAGCUACUUCCUGCUGUCAUGAAUUCGGUGCGAAACAGAUGAUUCGUAUUUGAUUUCGAUUGAUUUGUUCUCAGUACACGUUCAUGGUUGCAGCCAUAAUGUCAUGACAACAGUAUUCAACGUUCGUUUUUAAAAUUCGGCUACUGUGACAUGCUACUUGAAUAUAACGGUGAUCAGUCUUCCCCAAAACAAGGUCCAUUCUCUAAUUAGUAUAUCUUCUUUUGGUAGGAGGCAAUGUUAUUAUUGUCAUUGGAGGAGAUGAUAACUACAAAAACGAAGAGGAGCAAGAGCGAUCAGUUAUCUCGCCCUGGGCCCGAAGAAUUGUCUGUGUACAGUUCAACGAAGAAUAUUUGGAUGGCAGGAAAAGCUUCGUCUUUUCCUGGGGAGAAAAACACAGGCAAAUUCACGUGGAAGCUAUGAUGCAUUUUUUUGAUGCAGACAAGAAUGGUGAAAAGUUUAAAUAUCAGCUGCCAAUAAAAACAGACCCUACCUUGCAGCCCAGACGGGUUGAAUCCACUCCAACAGAAGCGGAAGAGAACAAAUGCCCCUCAGACAUUGGGAAAAUUACACAAGGAACGGGUGCUUCUAUUACUUUUACAAUUUAAUUUAUUGCAUUUUUACCUCACCAGACCGGCAUUAGAUCCCUGAAACGCAAGUGACAAGGGAUAGGGGAUGGUUGAGCCCCUCGCCCUUCAGCAGUUGACACUCGUGUCAUUUCGCAUUAUCCAUCCAAUAAAAGUAGGAGAGAAUAACAAAGGUUGAGGAACAGUGCUCUUUUUUUUACGAGUGAGGUCGAUCGUUUCCCUGGAUGCAGGGUUGACCACACACAACAGCUACUUGCAAGACGAACCUUUUAUCGAUUUUGGUGUUUAUGUUUGCAGUUUGUGUUUAGUUGUUCGCAGAAGCCCAUAACUAGGAGCGAGUAACUCCCAUAUUAGGCCUAUGUUAUGGCGUUUUUACGGACCAGAGUUUAUUUUAAACACAUUUUAGGGCACUUUUUCCUUGGAAAAUAGAAUCUCCGCCAUGUCUAUGAGCGAGUUCGAGGUAUAUGAUAUCAAAAACGAAAAUUAAACGUUACUACAAGGCAAAAAAUAUCAUUUUCAGGUCUGUAGGUUUUGCUGACUGGUUUGUGGAAUUUAACGGAUAUUCAAAAUUCGAGCCAAAACCGUUCUAAUUAAGAAUAAACUGGUCCGUGAAAACGCGGUGACACGAGCGCAUGGAAGUUGCUCGCUCCGGGUUAUGGGCUCCUGUCGUUUGUUAGUUUUUUCUUCACUAUUCUUUCAACCAUCAUAACCCGAUGGAAGCAAUUCGUACCUUGCUCUCCUGUAGUCUUGGCAGAACAUUUAAGUAAUUAGAGGUGCCCCUGUUUUUUGUUUUCACCCACAGGCUUGGCAGUUCUUGGUUGUAGCGUAGGACCGGAAAUUCCUUUUUAUGGACAAAGGGAUCAAAGUUACAAAACUGGAGGAAUCAGCGGAGUAGAUAUCAGAAGCCAAGGGGCUGGGCCUCAAAGGACUAUAACAUCAACAAUAGUUCCAAACCCGUUGAACUCAUCUCAAGAAAAGCUCUCCUUAAUGGAAGGGACACAGAUUCCGCCUAGGAAAAAAGGUCCAGAAUUCAGUACUAGAGGCACUGGUAGACCUGGCAUCGAAAGCCAAGGGGCUAAAACUAGGGGAGCAGCGUCGCUUACAAAACAGCCACAGGAAACUAAUGGAGGUUAGCAAAUGUUACACUUAGCAUUUCUUCAACUGUUAAGUUGAAAAUAAUUUUAAACUAGCAAACAUCUAACUAAUAUAUUUGCUCGACCCUUAAACGAGUUAUAAAUUGUAAAUUUUGGCUACCAGUCACUUGUUUAAUUUUCCAAGUUGAAUUAUUCUAAGGUGUGAUGUAUACUGCCAUCAAGUUAAGCAUUUAUAUAAUAUAUAGAUUUAGCCAGGGCUAAAAGCGAAGCUCCAAUUAAUAAAUUUAUAGCGGAGCUCCCGCGCGCGCGAGGCGCGCGGGCAGCGGAGCACCAUGGGUAAGAAAAUUUGGUAAACUAUCCAUCCCAGAAAAUUUGGUUAUGACGUAGCGUACGCCCGUCCGUACACACACUUCAUGUAAGCCGAUGUCAAAUGUCACAAUCGAUCUUGCACAACUUGACUAGCCUCUUUGUUAUGUAAGCCAUCCGUAUGAGUACGAUUAGAUUGACAGCUGUCAAAAUCAGACAUCCGCUGACAAUUAUCACAUGACCGUCUCGCGGGCUCAGAUAAAAGACCAGUCGUUUUGCCCCUAUAUAUAAGCUGAUAUAAUAUGUCACACUUACCAAUUCAACAUAAAAACGAAACUACGGCGGGCAAGGCUGUCAGUUGGCUGACAGUCGUUUAAAGUUACAUUGGCAAGCCAAAUUUAGGUCAAUUGACAGCUGUCAAAAUGGGACAUGUGCAGACCGCUAUCACAAAACUAACAACGAGGGCUCAGGUUCGCUCAGGUACACGAUCUGGCAUUUUCCACUACAUGCUGGACGGAAAUGUCCUACUCACACUUGUAGUCUGUUAAUUCGAAUAUUCGCCAUUCUAAUGAAGGUUAAUUGACAGCUGUCAAACUAGAGUAUACGCUGACCAUCAUCACCUGAGUGGAUCGCGGGCUCAUUUUUCUAUCUAUUGAGGUCACGUAGUGUUUAAAGUUUUGCGCUGAUAUUUUAUUUGAUCAUGGGCUCAAUUCGAAGCCCCAUAGCUUUAUAGAAAAUCUCUCCAUCCUAGAAAAUUCGACAAUCACGUGACCGUACACCGACCUUCCGUCCGUCCGCACCACAGGCAUACCAAUGUUUACUCUCACACUUUCUAGCUAGUUUGGGAACCUGCAACCUGAUAUUGUACAUCUAUGUUUUGAUUAAUUGACAGCUGUCAAAACAGUGUUUCUGCUGACCAGUAUCGCCUGACCUUAUCGCGGGCUCAGGUAUCGACCCUCUGACUUCGAGUAAUAUUUUGAAGGUAUUCGCUGACAAGUUGCUACUUUUCAAAUGAUCGCAGGCUCAAGUUCAAUUUUUUUAAAAUGCAUAUGAAAUAAGUCGUGUUUCAUGAGCCGCUCUUUUAAAAUGUUGAUUUCGAACUGAUCUCGGACACGAAAAUUCAACCGGCUUUUACAUUUACAUGCAGGGAAGGCAAUCGCUUUUGACUUUUCUCACUGUCACGCGUUGAUCACGCUCUACGUCCAAUUUUUAUGUUCUGAUUGGUCAAAAUUUGACAGGUGAGUUUAUGCGGAAAAUUUUUGCAGCGUCUGGAAACUUGCUUACUGAUAGCUGGAGCUGAGAGAGUUUUGUGUCAUCUUGUAAUGUUAUAAACUGCCUUUUUCUACUUGGUGUACAAAAUGAAAUACAGCUGCUAUCAAGAUUGUUCUGUAAUUCGUGGCUGGUUUGUUUAUUGCGCUUUUUGUUGACAAAUGCACCGCUUGUCAAAGUCAUUGGAAAUCCGAUUUCGGAUGGCAUCGUUUUCAAAAAUGAGCUUACUCACUUGCCCUUGCUUGAGGCUUGAGGCGUGAAUGCCACAUUAUGAUGCUACAGCUAAUGCAAAUACAAAACACGAAUAGGUCUAUUUGUUUUCCAGGCCUAAUCUACUGUGAUCGAACAUGAUUGCUAUGUUUCGGUGUGCAAAUAACUUGAUGUAAAAUUUGUUUCACUCUUAGACGGUCAAAUUCUGAUUUUUCUCUAAAAUCACUCAGCCUUUGCCUCAAAAGUCAAAUGAAUGUGCCCUGAUCUGUGGAUUACAAGUUUAUUGUUUGAAUUAAGUUAUGAAUUUAUUAACGGGAGCUUCGCUUUUAGCCCUGGCUAAAUCUAUAUAUUGAUUUUAAAUCAAACGAUAAACUUUUAAUCCACAAAUCAGUUAACUUAAGGGUACAUUCAUGUGACUUUUGAGGGAAAGGCUAAGUUAUCUUAGAGUGAAACAUCUUACAUCGAAUUGAUAACCUUAUAUGUACACCCAAAAAAUAGCAAACAUCUUCGAUCACAUUCAAGAUCACAGGAAAUUAGGCCUCGAAAACAAAUUCGUGGAAAACAAACCACGCCGAUUUUUUUUGCGUUCGACAGGUUUACUUUACAAAUUCUUGCCAUCAAAUUAUACAUCACAUUUGAGGUGAAACGGUACUAUUUAUCUUACAGACCUCGGACAGAAUGCGGUGUUUCACAAAUUUUCAAGACAAAUUGCACUCAGUCAAUAUUCAGGACGAGCUAAACCGUUAAAAAAUUUCAGAAAAUUUCCAAAAUCACCCAUACGGCCAGCUGGUUCUCGUUUCUAUAGUGCGAGCUGUCAGUGUGGUGAAUGAACUUUAAUAGAGUUACGCUUUGUUAUUUAAUGGUUUCAGUUAUAACGAUGUAUAUUUUUAUAAAGCGAUUGAUACGCGCGAAAUUUUUGAGUACUCCUGCAAGCGAUGUUCAUGAACGAUGAAAACAGACGGCAAGGACAAACGAUUAAAAUUGCAAGAGAGACUACUAACAACAGAGAUGCCAACCUCUGGAGACCUAACAUCGGGAGAUUUUCUCUUUUUCACUACUCCCCCCCCCCCGCCGGAACGGAAAAAUUGACCCAGCCCCCAAUGGGAAUGACUUAGGACAUCAUAUGACGUCUUACAUGAUGUACAUACCAUCAAAAUUCGAAAUCAUCGUUUUGAUGCUAGAAAUAAUCUUUGUCAAUGACUAAAUACGUGCAAAAAUGCCCCAGAAACCGUACUACGAAUAAGAAAAAGUCAAGUUUUGAGCUAAAAAUGGGCUAAAUCUCAGACUAAGUCUGUUUUUUUGUUACUAAGUAUUCAAUAUUUAUAGUAGACGUAAAAAGCGGGAGAUUUAUGUACCAAAGCGGGAGAGCGGGAGACGAGGCAAAAAAGCGUAAGUCUCCCAGAUCUAAUAUUGGAAGCUGAGAUGUACUUAAUCUCCUGUGGAUUAAAUAAGUGUCUCUAAAAAUCCUGAGUCUUUAAGCGUAAAGCUUAAGCCGGCUUCCCGGCGCGGUGUUUUCUGUUUUCGAAGGUUAACUCUUCGAAGCAAGAAAUUCGCUGAAAUUUUUCUUUCUACAGCCAAAUUUAUAACUAAAUAUUCUUCGGAACGUUUUCUUUCUAUCUGUGGUUAGCAAAUAUAUCUGAAGGCUUUUUAAAGUUCUGUAAGCUUAUAUCAAACCUGAUACUAGGUCAGAUCAUUGACUCAAAUCCACAAACGUGCAUAAACUUGCCGCAUAAACUGUCAGCGUGAACUGUGCAAGACUUCAUGAAAUUAGAUGUAACAAAAACAAACAUCAAAUACAAUAAUUACUCAGGCUUACCAUUCGAGAUUCAGUUCCUGAAAGCUAUCAAGGAAGGCCACAGUUGCUUGAGACUUUUAAACCCUCUUACGCAUUAAGCAAGGUGAAAAACGAAAACGAUGCCUUCCAAAAUCGAAUUACCGAAUUUUGACAAGCGACGCAUUUCUCAACCAAAAACCCAGUAAACAAACCAGCCAUGAAUAACAGAAGACUCUUGAUAGCAGCUGUAUUUCAUUUUGUACAUCCAGAGGAAAAAGACAGUUAAAAACAUCACAAGUUGACACAAAACUGUGUCAGCUUCAGCUGUCAAAGUAAUCAACUUUCAAGAUGCUGCAUAAUUUUUCCGCAUGAACUCACCUGUCAAAUUUUGACCAAUCAGAGUAUAAAAAUUGGACGUAGAGCGUGACCAACGCGUGACUAUGGUAAGAUAAGGUCUUCCCCGCCUGUACUUUUAAAAAACUGGCUGAAUUUUCGCUUCCGAGCUCAGUUUGAAAUCAAAAUCCUAAUAGUGUUAGGCCAUAGUGAUAUAAACACAACACAUUUGAUAUGAAUCCUUGGAAAAAAAUAAACUUGAGCCUGCGAUCAUUUGAAACUGGUAAUUUGUGAGCGGAUAACUUCAAAAACCUCGAUGGGUCGACACUUGAGCCCGCGGUAUGGUUAGGUGAUACUGGCCAGCGGAUGCCCUGUUUUGAUAGCUGUCAAUUGAUCACGACAUUGAUGUGCAAUUAGUUUUCUCUUGGACUCCCAAACUAGCUUAAAGUGUGAGAGUAAACAUUGGUUUUCCAGUGGUGCGGACGGACGGUCGGCGGUCGGUGUACGGUCACGUGAUUACCAAAUUUUCUGGGAUGGGUAGACUUACAUAGCUAUGGGGCUCCGCCCACGCGCGCGCGUGGAGCUCCGCUAUAAUUAGUUUCGACAAAACAACUUAUCAUGAAAGAAACGUAGAACAUUAAGAAUUUUGGCCUUGUACUCGGCCUGGUACUGAAGAGUGCAACCGAACAAUGUGAGGCGAGCGCAUUAUACACGAGUGAGCGGUUCGAGUGUUAAAAGAGGGAAAAAACAGAGGUUACGCAUUAAUCUACCGCGAAUAAGUUGUUCAAGUGUUCCUUUUACAAAGUCCUUUCGAGUGGUGCAGUGACAAACGCAACAAACAUUUACUUUCAAAACGUGGCCCCAUAGAUUGCGGGAUCCGAGAAAUUUUUGCGUACACGUGGAAUCCGAAAUCCCGGGCAUUGAAAUCCGGAAUACAGCUCAACGAAUGUGAAAUCCAAGGUCAACUGACAAGGAAUCCGGAUUCCAGCACUGGAUUCCUGAAUCCAUAGCGUGGAAUCCAGAAUCCAACGGCUAUAUCUUGGAUUUCCUUACAUGUAGCGUAAGACGAUUAUUUUAUCGACUAUUUUUUUUUCCUGUUGUGCUUAGUUGUCCUUCCCUCUAUUUUUUUCCUCUCCCCAUAUCUCGCCUAUCUCUCUUCCCCGCCCUCUGCCUCCGCUUUUACCAUAUUAUGUACGUAAUAGACUUAAUUCGUACAGAUCCUUCUCCUUUAGCGCAUUAAAGGUGUCACUUUUCCUUUUACCUUUAGGCUUGGCGCUUCUCGGUUGUAAUGUUUCCCAGGAAGCCAUAGAAACUGUGAAGCAAGUUCUUGAAAGCAUUGGUCCUACACUAAAUCUUCAUGCUCAGCCGGCAGUUAUGAACCUUCCCCCUGCCCAAGUUAAGCAUUACUUGGAGAGACACUCCCUCCAGUUCUGUGUGUUGGUAGUCGAUGGGGAAACAGUAAAAGACGCUCACGAGAAUCUACCUGCCCGAAGAAGUCAAUAUGAAGACCUUUUCAAGACUGCAGUGGAAAGAGUUGGUAAGAUGAGUGCUUAUUGUUUAUUUAAAGAAAUAAAGUUUCUACACUUUCCUUUUCUUAUCGCAUUUAUAUUACUUACUUAAAUUUUCAUAUGGCUAGUGUGUCCAUAUGCACUCCAUGCUUACACGUGGUGUGUCCAGUGUUCCUGUGAUUAUGGUGUGCUCAUCACGUCAGCUCUCAUAGUAGUUGCAGUCAAUUUAAAUUGCAAUAAAAAUUAUUUUAGGGUAGAUCAGGGUAGUUAAUGAUUCACCUAGGGCAGCAAAUAUGGCAAAGAGUUAUAACUUCCGAAGGUGCUGUUACCUUCGUUUUAGUCAUAUGGAAUUUUUGUUCAGCUUUGCCCGUUCGCCAUAAUAUAACAAGAGGCAUUAUGUACAAGUCACUAUAUAUAUAAGAUAAAUCUGUUUGAGUUUGGAGAAGGCCAUCUUUGAAUAGUUCUUCUUACACGAUGAAAGCGAUCUUGAGGAAUUACCAUUGUUCGGUAGAAGCACGUUCUUCUCACUUGUAGCCCGGCCGGGAAGUUAGUGAUAGUCUUUAAGGAAGUUUCAAGUUCAUUGUGGAUGUACGCGUAUUGAUCUUGUGUACUCUCUUGAACGGUAUACUGGAAAGUCAGUGUAACAAUUACAAGUAAAAGGUGGUUUUCACGUUACGUCAUCGCCGCCAUCACUGGUGGACGGUAAACAAAAGAUCGCUCAUUAGCUCGCUUUGUUUGUCCACCAGCAUUUGUUCAUUUCACCAUUGUUAUUUAUGUCUCCCGAGAUUGCAUGAAAACCACCUAUAAAAAUUAAAACUACUGAUUAACUAACAAUAAUUUAGCACAAGAAUUUGCAAUUUUAUCUGUUCCUAUCGACUCUUAUAAACGUGACUAUCUAGUAUGGUAAGCAAGACUAAUAAUGCUUGUCUAGUGAAAAACAGUAAUAAUUUGAAAUAUAAUAAUAUAAUAACAAGAAAUAAGUCAUUAAAGAAAUAAGAUAAAAACAUGAUAAAAAGUUAUAUCAUAGGAUAUCGCGAGUUUAAAGCUAGUACGAUCCCCUAUCUCACGAGUUUGAUUUGACAGUUGAUUCCAAGCCAUUGCACCCCUCGGAGUAAGACUGUUUACAAUGCGACUCUAUUAAGUGUAAUCGGCAGAGUCACCUACACAGGGUUGACCAAUCGCAUUGCAUGAAAAUAACAAUAGAAUUUCAAUAAAGUUGGUUGUCCAUAAUCAAAGUGAAACGUCUAUUAAGCGGACCCCCAAUUAAGCGGACACUAAGCCAGGUCCCGAAAUUAGCGUCUUAAUAACGAACCCCUACAUAACGAAUAUAACGAACCCCUAUAUUCAGCGGACGCCUCUAUGAAGCGGACGCGAACACUAAAAUAAAUUGUAUUUGGCUGAUUUCUAUGGUUAAAAACCUCUAUUAAGCGGACACCGGACUGAAUUGACAAUAGUAGUACUGGAUUACGUCCUAGAAAUACGUACUGUAGUCGAUUUAUAAAGAUAAAUCAAUACAUUCUGACAUUUAGCUGUCAAUAAACUGUAGAUUAGCACGAAAGUCUUGCACACUGAAGUACAGCACAGCUUCCUUACCUUCCUUAACAACGUGGAACUUUAUCACAGUACAGAGUAACCGUUGAAAGUUAAUCAUUGCGCAAUUUUUACAAAUUUUUAUUAAGCGGACGCUUGGGAAGGUUCCGAAGGUGUCCGCUUAAUAGAGGUUUCACUGUACUACCAAACGGAAUAAACAACAUGGACUAAAAUCUACCAAUUACAACCUUAUGAAAAAUGAGACUUUUUUGCACUUGCUGUAAGUGAAAUCCCAUGUUUUCUGAGAGGUCCAUUGUAGUGAUUGACAGAAACUGAAGAACGUAAUCUUUUGACUUGUGGUCGCAUGUUCUCGUAAAGCGUGGCGACUUAGCGAAGAAAUUGUUCGUUAAAUGACGAAUAACAGCUUUGUGACAAACAAAUAUGUCUCCCGAACGUUAUAUCAAAAACUUUCAAUCGCAAACAACAUCGUCCAAAGACAAUUUUUUUUCAGGGAAUGUUUCUUUCAUGCUCACGAUUACUUUCAAUCUUUGAAUUUUGUUCUUCCAGUAACUCAAUUUGUUCUUACGGGCUGCCGGAUUGUCUAAGGGACGAAAAGUUAUGGGGAGGGGGAAAUUUUCGAGUCGCAUGAAUUUUUUCUCGAAAACAUUUCCCUUGUAUGAAUAUUUUUAGGCCUUUGCAUGGAUAAUUUUUAGGGUUAUUUGGGGCGUGCAAGAUUUUUUUGCAUCCAGAGAUCUUCUCAUUACCUAUGCUGUCUCUGUCAAUGUGUUCUAUUAUCUGACUGAGUUCUUGGCGUUUGUAUACUUUGGAGUUAGAUAGGUAGAUCAGGUAACCAGUUAGGUGGGGUAGCCCGCCUGUCCAUCACACAAUCUCUCGUAUGGUCAUCCAUCUAUUAUGUAAACACGAUCAAAUAAAAAUAAAAUAUUAUAUGGACAAGCGGGUUACCCCUCCUGAGAGAUUACCUCACCUACCUGGAGUCCCCCACCCAAGGUAAUUUUCGUUUGAGGUCGGAGGCCGGACGUUUUGAUCGUCCGGUCUUUUGCCAUUCUAUGUUCGGUACUUUGAUGCCAAAAAUAUUUAAGGUCUUAUUUUUUUAUCAUAUUUUUUUUUACUUAACCAACUCAUGAACUUACUGACCGGAGGAUAACAGAAUAAGCAAUCAAAUUCUUUAAAACGGCCACAAUACUUCUUUUUUCUUUGCUGUUUGAUUGGUUUCCCUUUUCAUUAAAACGAAUUAGGGGUGACCAUUUCGUUAUCAUUGAUGCUCGGUCUAAAGGGAAAACUGAAGAGAAUAAACGAUUUUUUUUCUCGAAGGUCAAGAGAAAACAAGGUAAGGUUAAGUCUACCAGCAUGAUGAGUCUGAAUGAGUCUUUCAUUCUAUUGACGGUGAGCAGUAGAAAGGGUAAUUUUCUCCUUACCGAAAAAAAAAACCAAAACAAUGUCUCGCGACGACACUUUCAAGUAGUGCGGUCACUAUUUGCAAGGUUAACCUUAUAUUUCUCUUAUCAACGAUCAAAAUACGACUUUUAAACCUUUUGGAGUUUGAAAUAGAAAGAAAUGGCAGACAGCAUUUCAAGAAAAAAAAAUAAUACAUGCGAUCUCGAAAGCGAUCAAAUGAUCUUUUGAAUUUGGAGUUCUUCAACUCUUACGACUCAAGCUAAAUGCGCCUCACUGAAAUAUGGAUUUUUCUAGUCGUGGAAAAAUGUUGCUGUACGAUAAAUGUUAAAUUUAAAUGCUAAUUUGCUAUAUAAUAAAUUGUUUAACUCGUCAUUUCUGAGAAUUGAACACCAGCCUAGCCUGGGAAGGUGACUCUCUUGUCCCAGAGGCGCUGGAAACGUAACAGCAUUUCUGAGUGUUCUAUUUUGAAGGGACUGUUCACAGUCCCCUAUUUUUUCGCGAGAUCGUCGAGGCCCUCCUGAGUUUCAAAUGUACCGAGGGGGUCGGGGGUCGGGGAUUAUAGCUGUAGGGGGAGGGGGGCGAGAAAAAUAGAGGGACUGUAAUAACAUCUCUGCAGCUCGCGUUCACGGAGCGCGUCGUACCAGCAACGCAGGUGUCUGAUUGGUCAUUAGACAAUAGAUGUUGAUUUGCGUUGACAACGGGUUUAGUUUAAGUUGCCGACACUGACAAGUCGUUGACAAGCCUUCGUCGUUUCUAUAAAACGUACGCUUCAAUAAUACCACCAUAAGGCACAUCUUGAGCCAAUAUAAGAAGGAUUUUUAGUAUCCUGAGGAUGAAUCACGUAAGUCAACAUGCUUUUGAAGCAGCCCGGUCAGGGGAAUGUUGUAACAGUUUCUGCCAAACGAACUGAAAUCUAACACUACGCCGACUUAAAAAAAGACGGCUUGUCAGAAAUGUCUGGCUUUUUAUCGGUAGGUUUAACGGUUUUAAUCUGUGAUGAAGCGAGCAUGCUUAGUGCUUCGAUUAGGGAAAUGUUUUACCUGUGCAUGUUUGCCGAUUUCAUUUGGAGGAAUGGCCCAGAAAUUGUAUAAAAUCAGUUUCGAAAGGAGAUAUUUGUAAACACGCGAAAUAGAUGCUAAAUGUGUCUGGCAUGUUUUUCAUCACAAGCAGAGUGUCUUAAUUAAUGAAUAGUAAAAGGCGUGAAAUUCCUGUCACGCCUGCUGAACGCGAGCUGCAGUGAUGUUAUUACAGUCCCUCUAUUUGUUCUCACUUCCUCCCAAAUCGCCCCCGCCCGCUAAGUAGUUUUGACACUCAAGCAAUGGCAGCCCGUAACGCAAAGCGCUCGAUCUCGACGAUCAUACGGAAAAAUAGAGGACUGUGAACAGUCUAUAUUUUGAAAAUAUAUUUUAGGUAGCAUGCCCCCAGAACCCCCUAAGUAGCUUGCGCCUUCGGCACUAGCAAGGCGCCUUGCGCCGCCAAAAAAUACCGCGUGCGUAGCCUGAAUUUCAUCCGAUUACUUCGAGUCGUUAUUACUCCCUCAGUAACGUCUGAAUCGACCGGCCGUAAAUGCCGUCCAGUGACGUCACUACUCCUUGACCUUUGCUUUAAUUCAUGCAAAAAAGUAAAACACGACUUUCAAGUGGCAAACGGAGAAACAUCGUUUGGAAAUGUCUGCAUGAUACAGAACUGCUUUAUUUUUUCCGAUCGCAAUUCAUGUUUAACGUUCAAACUAUCAACUGCAUGCAGUACAACUCUGAACCGAUUGUACUAAAUUCUAUAAUCAAAUUCAGUCGCAAUCACACAAUGAAUUAAACACACACACGGAACACUUAGUUAAAAAAUACAAUGACUUGCUUUAAUUGAAAAGAAGCUAUUUGGUCCUUAACGAAGAAAAAAUCAAGGAGACGAGAAAGAACAGCUAACAGAAUCAUUACACUUGAGGGUAAAAAUAGCAAGAAGGUCGAGUUAUAGCAUUGAUCUCAGAAAACUUCGCGUAAACAAAAUCACCAGCCGCCGAAACCACAAAGCGGCUCUAAAUGAAAAACCUACCGAUUCUCUGCAAUGAUUCUUCAUUCGCAGUUCAAUUUAGCAUUUCAGUUUCGAAGACAAGGGCAAUUUUGCUGUUUAAGAUUAAGAUUAAGCAAGAGACUAUAAAGGGGACAGAGAGGGCAUCCCCCAUAUACACCCUAUUCCAUAGGUAAUUCGUCUCGAGUUAUUUUUAGAAUCGGGAUAAAGUUACCUCGCGCGAGGCGUGGAUGUUUCGUGGAGGUUUCGCAUGACCAAACGCCGUGCAAAACAUGUCGGGCGAGAGGCAAUGAAAGCGUAAAAAGAUCGAGAGCAUUCCUGAAUAUUGAAGCGAAAUGAGUCGGCGCUCACCUGGGAAAAAGGAAUCGCUGGACUCUUUGACAACCCGUGAAAUCAGUUUAACUCGAAGUUGUCGUAACCUCAGUGCUUUAAUAAAAUGAGAAAUUUCGCCGGUCUAUUGAAACCGGUCGUUUGUACAAUUUAGGGAGUUUAAGAUCCAACGACGCGGACGACAACUAGAACGUCAAAAAAACAAUAGGUUUAAUUAGCAAAACAACAACUUCGCACGUGCAACACACUUUUUUGUUCAUUUCUUUCCCGUUUUUGCACGACUACGACGUGAAAAUGCCUAAUUUCGCGUUUUAUGGAGGACGUAAAUAAGCAACGACGAAAUUUUAUUUCUCUUUCUGAGCUUGAAUAUGGUCCCUUGAAAUUCAGCUUUAGGAGGGUUCGCCUACACUUGACAAAGUAAGUGGGUAGGAAUAAUCGCUAUAAAGACUGAAAAAAAUAAACAUCAAACCAGAAAUUGCUCUCUUCAAACUGUAAAUUAUAAAUGAUCCAGAGAGAAUAUUCAGUGUGUUAUGGAUUUCCCUGCUCUACUGUUAGCUCUAUACAAGAGAGGAAGGGCGAUUCUUUUUUAAUUUCGGUUUCGCUGACACAGCUUUCGCAAAAAUCUCGCUGUAGUCGUUUUCGUCGACAAAAGGAAUAGCAAAAUCGCUCUCCGCGUCUUCCCUCAUUUUGUUCUGCGUCAUUUCGUGAAAGACGCGUGGCUCUCAACGUGGGUCAUCCACGCGGAACACAUUCGCGCUAUGUGAUUGGCUGUUGUCGAAUCCCCCCUUGAGGUCUGUGGUGUUAAAAAUAACUCGAGACGAAUUACCUAUGGAAUAGGGUGUAUAUGGGGGAUGCCCUCUCUGCCCCCUUUAUAGUCUCUUGGAUUAAGCUUAUCGAAAUGUUUGAACUAAACGACAGAAUGCCAGGGAUGCGAUCCGCUGAACAUCAAGCGACAAUCUGGCUUAAAUUUUUCAUAAUUAUACAUAAUUAUGCGAAUGUUUAGACAAUCAACCAAUCAAAAUCACUCGGGUAGUGGGUGACGUCACUGGACGGCAUUAACGGCCGGUCGAUUCAGACGUUGUUGAGAGGAGAAAACGACUCGAAGCAAUCGGAUGAAUUUCAGGCUACCGCGUCUGGUGCUUUCUGAAAUAUAUCCGCCACUUUAAAACCUGUCGAAAACCCUGACCACCUUCAUGUAAACAGGCCCUAAUUCUUCAUAACCAGCCUUUCCGUUGGCCGAAUUUUGAUGAUAUUUCUCCUUAUUACCCCCGCAGGGAUUUCGCCCAGAAGGCGAAAUCCCGAGGAGACACUCUAGUAACUCGCGCGUAUAUUAAGGAAAGUACUUACAGUUGAAAUAUACAGUCAUACAGUCAAUAUAGAAAAUAUCUCGAUUUGCUUGAACAGGGGCCGCGAGGAAUCGGUAGGUAAUGAUGACGUUUCUAUUGUUUGCGCCCGCAAUUACGAAAUGGUUAGGAUGACGUAAGUAGUAUAGGAGGGACCGGUGAGGGAAAACAAUAAAAAUGAGGAGAAGGAGGGAAAACAAUAAAAAUGAGGAGGAGGAGGAGGAGGAGUAGGGAAAACAAUAAAAAUGAGGAGGAGGAGGAGAAAGGAAACGUGGUAAAAAAAAUAUAGCUUGCUUUCUUUCUUUGACUAUUUUAAUAGAUUUCAUUUCAAAUCGCUGACCCCACAUCGACCCCACAUCGACCCCACAUCGACCCUACAUCGACCCUACAUCGACCCCACAUCGACCCUACAUCGACCCUAUCAAAACAAUCAAAAUGAGGAGGAAAAGAAAAAAUCAUCAAAAUGAGGAGGUGGAGGAGGGAAAACAAUAAAAGUGAGGAGGUGGAGGAGGGAAAAUAAUAAAAUUGUGGAGAAGGAAGGAAAUUAAGAUUGAGGAGGGAAAUAAUAAAAAUUGUGAAAUUUUGGAGGAGGGAAUAAAAAAAUUGAGGAACGAAAAUAAUAAAAUUGUGGAGGAGGAGGAAAGUAAAAAAAUGAAAAGGAGAGGGGUGAGUAAAACAUUGUUUGCAGUGUAAAAAAGAGCUAGUUGGCCUUUCCCCUUAUUAAUAUGCACGAUUUGCCUGCCAAAAAUCAGUGAACCGGAACCAGGACAAUCGCAGCAGCAGGAAAUAGCAUUUGCAUAAUUACGUUACGUCUCAGUGAUUUUAAGUCGGGAGACAAGUUUGACUUUACUCCUCAGGCACUAUGAAUUAACCAAUGAAAACUUUUCUUAUUUUCUAACUAACCAAUGGAAAACGAAGACGUUUAUCGACCUUAAAGUAACUAGAAAACCUAAACCAACUUAAAGUAGCACACGACCUUAUCUUAAUGAGAUUCCUGCGCAUUUUAUUCAUGAGAUCAAGAUAAUAGCCUAUGACGUCACCUAGUUAAUGUAUUCCUGCGCAAGCUAAUGAGAUUCCUGUGCAUAAAAGGGGUUAAUUCGGUGCGCCCUAUACUACUGACGUAAAGACAGAAAAUCCCGAAGGGAUCGCUCAGGUAGAUUUUGUGACAUUUAUUGUGCAGUCAUACUUCGAUACUCUUUUGCGUCACGCAGUGACAUUCUGUGGAGCAGUUGUUUUGAAAGUUAUGGACCAAAAGACACUCGUUAAGCGCAGAUGAGGUUAUAAGGUGCGUUUAACUAUGUAUAUAUAAAUACUUGGAGAGUUUGCCAGACACGAGUUCAGAAAUCUUUGAUUUAUGUUGGAAACCUUGCCAGACACUCGUUCUCUCUCUUUGACCGGAAUAAGACUGAGCCCCAAACAAGCAAGACGAAUGAACAACGGCUAGCUUAUCACUUGCAGAACAAUGAACGAUUACAGAAAUUCGCCGACAAUCAAAUUCUGUGCUGACUUUUUCCCUGCUCACAGAUAUCCUUCCGUUAUAACGUUUCAAAUAAAUCUUAUUUGAAACGUUAUAACGGAAGGACAUCUGUGAGCAGGGAACAAGUCAGCACAGAAUUUGAUUGUCGGCGAAUUUCUGUAAUCGUUCAUCGUUCUACAAGACUAGAAUGCGCGAGCGUGAAUCGAUCAAACGUCCUUUUAAUUUCUAAGGCUUACUUUGCGGCAAAUAAAAUGAACUGAAUGUAAAAAGUGAAAAAGAAAUAGCGAAAUAUUCAACUUCUAAUUAAAUCUUUUCUUAUGGUUUAGAACUGAAACUAUUCUCGAAACUGAGAAUGUUUUGAUCAAAGCUGUGUAAAUCGAGCUGAAACUGUGCAUGGAACCUUGCGUUUCCUGUAUUUAUCUCACCGAUUGUAGGUAUUAUGGGUGAAAAUCUUCAUUGUGAAUCGGUAUAUUUCAAAGAGCUACACAACGAACCAGAAUACUAUUGACCGACAAUAUACAGAACGGGGGCAGCUGUAGUGUCAACUAGUGCUAGUUGGUAGAGCUGACGUCAGUGGGACUGAUCAUCGGCAGGAAAAGGGACAGACCGCUGCGCGAGCUUUUGGCAAGGAAGAGCUAAAGAAAAUGGAGAAGAUUCAUGCACAUGUCAUGGGAAGAAGAGAAAUUCCAAAUAUUGCCUACAAACGGCAAAUAUACCACUCAACGGCUGACAAAUGCUUUUUAAAGAGUCUCGGCUUGUAUUUACCCCUUUACAUUUUGAAACUACCGAACAACUGGCAAAUAAUUAUUAUGAAGGCGAGAACAACAGUUCGAGUCAUGUUGAAGGUUCCAAAUAAAAUAAGCAAACUUUGGGCUCGGGCAAAUCUGAAAAUGCUAACUGUGAAUGGUAGAAUGAGUUUUUUUACCAUAAAAAUAAGCGGUUUCGACUUAAAAAAUCGGCUUCCAAACUACUGGAUUGAUAAAAUUAUUUUAGGCUCUUCUGUAGCAAUGAUUUUUUCUGUUACCGUUUUGGGACAGCACAUGCAUUGGAAAGGGAGCGCCUUAAACCUGCUACUGUCGUCUUCAUUUGCAAAUUUGUUUCAGCUCAGUCCUGAGCCUUCAUAACAGGCUGAUAUUUUAUGCGUGGGAUUCGUAUGCAGGAACUAAGGCCUUAGUAUAAAAAAGAUCGCCAGUUUCAUGCAAAAGUAUUAGAAUUUCAAAAUUCAGAUUUUGAAAGCAUGGUCUUACCGUAUACCUACUAAUUCCUUUUUCCAAUAUCAUUGAGCUCUUCUGAUUUCCCAAUGCAACUAUAGAUAGAAAUCCUGAUGAAAGAUUUUUAUUUCUUCUUUAGCUAACAAGGUUAUCAUUUUGGUCUGCGGCAGCUUGAAUAUGCCUGAGAAGGACCAAAAGAUAGUCAAUGAACAAAUCAGCCGUGAUGUUAAAGAAAAAGGAUUCAUUGCUUGGUUAAAAGAUGGAAGGCUGACAGUACACCCAGAUGUUUUGGCGCAGAUUUUGAAUCCCGCCUUGGCCAAGUCGUAUAUGAUGUCACAGAGUGGUGCUUCAGGGGUUGUUCAGGGACAGUCAAAUGUUUCCCCGCAUACUCUAGAUCAACAAGGUCAUGGGGUACAGCCUCCAGAAAGAAUACCGGGAUAUGGGUGUGAAGAUUGGAAUGUACAACAGCAAAAAACGUAUUUUCAUUAUGCAAUUCCAGCCUCUGCCAAACAAGAUUCGGUAACUGGAAAAUUAGUGCUUAAGAGCAAAAUACGCUAUGGUAACAUUUCAUUUGAAGAAAGAGAUCUCAAAUUUUUAAGCCCUGAAUUUCAGGGAGUUCCUUAUGAAAUGCAACGAGAGUUUAUGAAACAACACAGAUACACCGAUGAGGUAGAAGUAAAGAUCAUGUUCGUCCCAGAGAAUAACAUGCUCUGGGUUUUUUAUGGUGAUUGUGGAGUAGAGAUGGCUAACAAUGAGUUACUCUUGUUAAAAACUCGUGUUAUCAACGGUAAAAUAUCUUUCUCUGGCAUAGACGUCGAGUGUUGCUAUCCGAACUGGACAGUUCCUGGAUACAUCACUGAGAGCUUGAAAAGCAAGGCGUGUAAUGGAACGCUCUUCAUUAUUUCUGACGAGAAAGGAAAUUUACGAACAGUCGUACAGCUU